AUGCCCUAUAUAGCCGUUCCCUACAUGCACUUCUUACACAACAAUCUCCCAAUAUAUCCGAUCCUCCUACUUGGACGCGAUCCAGGAUCAGACGGCACACUGAUCGCACUGGGGGUUCCAGUCAACUUGGACGAAGUACUCCCUCAGUCUGCUCUCAAACCACUCCCAGUGCUUCACAUACAAACCCAAGCCUCACAUCACCCACGCCCCUUGUCUGCUCCUCCAGGCUCACGCCACGGAGAGCUUCCGCCAGGAAAGUCAGGGACCGGGUCAGCUCGUGGAAGUAGAACUGGUACACCAGUCGGCAGUCCGAUUGUUGGGCCCGGGAAGAAGCUUCCAGCGUCCGGUGCAUCGAGGUUAGGACCAAAGCCUCAACUCGAUCGUGGGAGGAUCGACGAAGCUUGGCCAUAUCAUCUGUCACUCGCGCUUAUGCCGCUCCCGCACUUGGAAGCCCACCUUGCUACCAUGCGAACGCUUACUACCAGUACCUCAGCGUUAUUAUCGCACCUUCUUCAGCAACGAGAGGCUCUGCAGCAAGACUCAGAGACUUACAACAAACUGAUAGCUGAACUUGUUGGAGAGGCACAAAAAUGA